AUGUCGCAAAAGAAUACUCCGAAUCCCAAGACCCUGGGUAGGACCUCAGGGUCCCUGAACACACCCAUUGCAGCUUUCACCAUGGCCGUCCUCCUAUGCUCCUACUGCUUCAGUUCCAUCCGUACUGCAAGACGCGAAGCACAGGAGUCGCUAGAAGCUCCUAGCUCACAGCAACGACUAUCUCAACGGGAGAAAAAGGAUUCGUCAUGGAUCCAGGAAGCCCUGGAUGAAAGCCGAGCGGAGAAAGGUGAUAAAAGGGGAAGGUUGACUCGAUGA